GUCCUACAGCUCAUCUUGCGAUCGAUUGCGAAAUGGUCGGUGUAGGAUACGAUGGAAAGCGCAGUGCGCUAGCUCAGGUUGCCGUUGUAAAUUCUCAGGGCAACACAGUUCUGUUGGAAUAUGUAAUUAUCAAAGAGAAAGUGACAGAUUAUAGAACACAUGUGAGUGGUAUAACUCGUGAAUUGUUGGUAGGUGCAAAAGAUUUCGAGACUGUUCAGAAAAUGGUGCAUGAUAUCUGCCACGACAAAAUUCUCGUAGGUCACGCAAUCAAUAACGAUCUAAAGGCACUUAUGAUGUCCCAUCCGAAGACUAUGAUUAGAGACACGGCUAAAUAUAAACCACUACGAAAGUACUCGAAUGGAAGAACGCCAUCGUUGCGUCUUUUGGCGAAGAAGAUACUAAAUAUUCAAAUACAGACCGGUGAGCAUUCUCCGGCGGAAGAUGCUGCAGCAACUAUGCAGAUAUUCAAUCUAUACAAAGUGGAAUGGGAAGAAUACCUAAGAAAGGGAAGAGGAUUAAAGAAUCAAAGAUUGCGCAGGCAGCAGAAAGCUAGAACCGCCAGCCACGUAGAACAAUAAAACAAUUAAUUAUGUAC